CGGUGCGGCUGGGAGCGCGCGCGCGCCAAGCCCCGUCCAGUCUCUUUGUAUGCAUGGCGGUGCCCGACUGCAGACUCAAACGGCAUUUACCACCGGUCUUGUGACAAUUUAUGAGGCGGGUAAAAAAAAAAAAAAAAAAAAAGGCUGAAGAGAAAGUCCGUGUUUUGCUACAAACAGCCUCAAAAAUAACGCCGCAGCGCUCGUGGUUUACUUACCCGCUGGGGGGGAGAAGAAGCAAAUACCAGAGCACAUUGAGGACUCCCUUCUGCCGCCGUUUGCUGCAGGCGACGUCACGCCUCCUCAGGACACCGGGGGCGGCCGCUUUUGCUGAUCUUAGCAUCUUCGCAGCUUUUUUUUUUUUUUUUUCCAGAGGGAUGCUUAUGGGGGAAGGAUAGAGCACCAGCGUCCACGGUAGUGUUUAACCCCCAGUCCUCGGCCUCCUUGGACGCGGCAGCGGCACACCUAUUGAUAUUGUUGAGAGCGGACUCGCCCGCAUCCCGCCUCCCCCCCCCCCUUUCCCUCCCGCGCGCCGUUCCCACGCGCCAGUUGCGGGAAGGAUGAUGGUUGCUGCAUAGCGGCACCUGCGAUGACCGACUGGGAGUGGAAGCGCUUGGGGUCCGUGGUACUGUGAAGGGACGAGACCCGAGAGUUUGACGCAGACGUUUGUGCGCGCGCGUCUGCUUUUUUAUUAUAUUUCUGAGAAGUAAACAUCUACAGAGAACUCCGCGGCGACCCCCCGCUAACGGAUAUCGCCGGGUUUAGCUGAAGGUGACACCCUAUCCGCAGCUCAAUCCAGCCGAGACACUGGCACUAGCACUCAAACCAUUUUUUUUCUCUGAGCACACACCACGAGGCACUGCUGAACAGGCCUUACUACCCUCUGAAUCUCCAAAAUGACAGUGGCCACCGGGGACCCAGCAGACGAGACGGUGGCCCACCCCGGCCAGCCCCAGGACACCUAUGAUCCCGAGGCAGACCAUGAGUGCUGUGAGAGGGUGGUCAUCAACAUCUCGGGCCUGCGCUUUGAGACACAGCUCAAGACCCUCUCACAGUUCCCUGACACCCUUUUGGGGGACCCCAAGAAGAGGAUGCGCUACUUUGACCCCUUAAGGAAUGAGUACUUCUUUGACCGCAACCGACCCAGCUUUGACGCUAUCCUCUACUACUAUCAGUCGGGUGGGAGGCUGCGUCGGCCAGUGAAUGUUACCCUGGACAUCUUCUCAGAGGAGAUUCGCUUCUACGAGCUAGGAGAGGAGGCUAUUGAGAUUUUUCGGGAAGAUGAGGGCUUUAUCAAAGAGGAGGAAAAGCCAUUGCCUGAGAAUGAGUUUCAGAGGCAGGUGUGGUUGCUGUUUGAGUACCCUGAAAGCUCAGGUCCAGCCAGGAUUAUCGCCAUCAUAUCUGUAAUGGUCAUUCUCAUCUCCAUUGUCAGCUUCUGCCUGGAGACCCUGCCUAUCUUCCGCAAUGACGAGGAAGAGAUGCAUAAAGUUUACCAACCCAUCUCCAACACCACAUCUACAUACCAUUCAACUUACUUCACUGACCCCUUCUUUAUCCUGGAAACCCUCUGCAUCAUCUGGUUCUCUUUUGAGUUUUUGGUUCGAUUCUUCGCUUGCCCCAGUAAAGCAGGUUUCUUCGUCAACAUCAUGAACAUCAUUGACAUUGUGGCCAUCAUUCCCUACUUCAUAACUCUGGGUACGGAACUGGCAGAGAGUCCAGAGGAUGGUCAACAAGGGCAACAGGCUAUGUCCCUAGCUAUUCUGAGAGUCAUCAGGUUGGUCAGGGUUUUUCGAAUCUUCAAGCUUUCCAGGCAUUCGAAGGGGCUCCAGAUUCUGGGUCAGACGCUGAAGGCUAGCAUGCGUGAGCUAGGCCUGCUCAUCUUUUUCCUCUUCAUUGGAGUCAUCCUCUUCUCCAGUGCUGUGUACUUUGCCGAAGCAGAUGAGGCAGACUCCCAGUUCAUCAGUAUUCCUGAUGCCUUCUGGUGGGCUGUGGUUUCCAUGACCACAGUUGGCUAUGGUGACAUGGUCCCCACCACCAUUGGAGGCAAAAUUGUGGGCUCACUUUGUGCCAUUGCUGGUGUACUUACCAUUGCUCUGCCAGUGCCUGUCAUCGUCUCCAACUUCAACUACUUCUACCACCGCGAGACAGAAGGUGAGGAGCAGGCCCAGUACCUCCAGGUCACAAGUGUCCCAAAGAUGGAUUCCACUGAGGACCUGAAGAAAAGUCGGAGUGGCUCCACCAUGAGCAAGUCAGACUACAUGGAGAUCCAAGAGGCAGUGAACAACAGCAGGGAGGACUUCCGUGAGGAGAACCUUAAGACAGCCAACUGCACACUGGCCAACACCAAUUAUGUCAACAUCACCAAGAUGCUCACGGAUGUAUAACCACACAGUGCAACUGAAUUAACUCUGGGGGCAGUGGGAUGAAAAAGAAAGGGCUGCCCAUUUCUUAAAGACUUGGGACCCAUUCAAGUGGAACCAAAUGGAUAUCAGCCAUGCUCCACUGGGAGCAGAGGAUCAGUAGAGAGGACCCUGAACAAUAUGCUCUACACCUCCCUCAACCCUUUCAAACUAGCCCUGGACCUUCAUCAUGUCUUAACCACUAGAAGAUUCUGCAUCCUCGUUUUGGUGUCUGCAUGGAGUUUGUCUUUUCUGUGUGACUGUUCAGUAGUUGAUAUCCUGCUUGCAACAGUAGCCAAACAAGUAGCUGAAUAGAACAUUAAAACUUAGCAUACAGGGAUUCUGACUUCUGGUUCCUCGUAAAUUCCAUACCCUUCUGUAUUUUUCCUGUCUCAUACCUUUCCUAGAACCCCUUACUGAUCAUAAAAGGCUGGUUUUGUUCCUGGGAGAAGCAAAACAUCAACACUACCAUUUACCAGCUUCUAAUUUCACCACCUUUGACUUCACUGAGGGCAAAAAAAAUGACGAAAGUGAAAGGAAGUUUUCAUCCCUUCAGAGAAUGCCUUCACAGGUGAUUUUCACUAUAGGGAGGAGCUGUCUACCGGACACUUGAAAUACAGUACUUUCGACCACAGUGCAGAAGGGUCACUCACAGGUGCCCGCUGGAAACUCAAACCACGCAGGGAAAACAAGUCGACGUCAGAAUCUGAUUGCAGAGCUGUUUCCUGUCAUACCUUUUUGUGGUUAUUUUCCUGCAGAGUUUCUAUCAGAUUUUGCAAGAAGGAACCAACGGAUGUAUAUGGUGCAAGCCUCUUCCCUCCCAUCUGUGUGAGGCACACUUGGGGGAGAGAUAGUUAAAAGAAAAAAAAACAGAGUGAAUGUCUCUUAACGGCUCAUUUAUUUAUUUCUGUUUGCUGAUCCAUUUCCUGUGGCUGGUCCUCAGCAGAAGGUGCACUCCAUCCUGCCAUGGGGGUUCUGUAACCAAGGCAAGCUACAACGCUUUUCCCUCUCUCAUUGCAUUAUGUCAGGAUUAAACCUGGGGGGAGAAGGACUAAAGGAAAAGAUGGCAGGCAUGCAGACAGUUCUUUCUUUUCCAUCAUUUCCCCCACAUUCUACACAUAUCCUUCCACACCCCACCUCACUUCACCUGCUGCAAUCCACGUAGCAUAGCGUAUAUAGCUAUACAUCUCCCGUAUUGCGGUGUUCACAUGUUGAGCUAAAAAACUGCUAACACUUUAUUCAGGUGACCAAAGAUUAAUUUACUGCCGCUCAAUGUACAUUUCUAGCAUCUGUGUCAAAGCACUUUUUUUAAAAAUUUUGUAUUCACGUAUGGUUUGUUUUUAGUGCAUAUGGUUCAGCCUCAGAGGCUGGUGUAACCUGCAACAAACCGGGAGUCCUCCAGAGUCUGCUUUUCCACAGAUAGGAGAUACUCUGCAAAUCUUAA